AUGGAUACCGUUUCGUACAUGCGCUCGCUCCAUCCAGUGCGAGAGCGCUCGUCCUUGAUCCUUUCGAACCCGCAGUAUCUGCAGCACUUUGAUCUAAAUCUUGCCGCCCUCGAUACAGUCGUCGACCAGAUCCUGGAGCUCAUCCGUCGCGACUACGAGAAUCUCUCAGAGAUCCCUCCUCAUUCGAGAUGGCGUCACUUCGAAGCCAACAACAUCAAGCGCAUCGAUCCCAUCCUGGCCGACUGGGACCAGCGCUCGGUGCCCGCCAUCGAGCAGACCCGACGAGUCCUCGAUCUCUUCAUCGUUUCGGUCUUGCUCGAUGCCGGUGCCGGCGACCGCUACAAGUACCACCCAAAGGCCGAGCCUGGGAUCUCUUACACGCGCUCUGAAGCCCUCGCUCUUGCUUCCCUGGACAUGUUCCUGGCUGGCGGGUUCUCAUCCGAUCCCAAGCAGCCGUUGCAGGUCGACAGCCUCGGGCUCGCCCAGGUCACGACGCAAAUGCUCGCCAACCACCUUCAGGUCAGCGACAGCAAUCCUCUGAAUGCUCUCGAGAACCGCUGCGAGCUGCUGCACUCGCUGGGACGAGUCAUUGCCGGCAGCAACCCGUUCUUCCCCAUCACCAGCGGCGUCGCCAGGCCAGGCAACCUCAUCGAUUACUUGGUCCAGCAUCCUUCGACCCAGAACGGGCGUGUGCAGAUGGCCGUGCUGUGGGACUGCAUCGGCAAUGGUCUCUGCCACAUCUGGCCGUCCUCGCGCACUACCCUGGACGGCGUCCCGCUGGGUGAUGUCUGGAAGCUGCAGAGCCUGGAUCUGGCAAUGAAACAGCCCAACAGCCAUGGGACGGUGUGCAGCGAUCCCAAAUCGGCUGGGCUGGCGGCCUUCCACAAGCUCUCGCAAUGGCUGGCUUAUUCGUGCCUGGAGCCCAUCGAGGUCAUCAUGAAGCUCCAAAUCGAAGGCAUCGAGCUGCUGACCGGGCUGGCCGAGUACCGCAACGGUGGGCUCUUUGUCGAUUCAGGCGUCCUCAGCCUCAAGCCCGGCCGAGACGGCACCGUCAUCAAGGGCGGCAACGGCGUCCCGCCUCGUUUCCGCGUCGAUGACGAUGUGGUGGUCGAGUGGCGAGCCUUGACGGUUGCUCUGCUCGAUCGAGUCGCCGAGAAAGUCAGACACAGACUCGGUGCCGACAAGCACACCCUCCCGCUUGCCAAGGUUCUCGAGGCUGGCACAUGGAAGGCCGGCCGUGAGAUCGCUGCCAAGUUGCGUCCCCUGACCAAGGGUCCUCCAAUCGAAAUUGAAUCGGAUGGGACGGUUUUCUGA